UUCCUUUCCUGUGACUUUCAUUUGUAUUAGCAAGCAGGGAGAGACGCACACGGGAUAGCGCGUGAAAUCACCGCGACCCGGAACCGAGCAACUUUCCAGCACUCACAUUCCAAGCAUAUCUGGAUCCACUGGCAUGAAUUAAUCUCACGGAGUCGAUUUGUUUCGAGCAUACGCGUGCAUGCUCGACCCGAUAAGGUUGUUUACUACUUUAAAUCGUGUUGAUUUUUGCACGACAGCUCAACUGCCUUGAAUCACAGGCGAAGCGAGGAAAAGCAGAAGUGUGUGAACUCGCCCCGGGGGCUCGUUCUGCAGGCAUGUCGCAGAAAGAAAGACCCACUUUCUACCGACAGGACGUCAACAAAACCAUAUGGGAGGUCCCAGUGCGCUAUCAGAACUUGUCUCCGGUCGGCUCUGGUGCAUAUGGAUCCGUUUGCUCAGCGUAUGAUGAAAAAACUGGGUUGAAGGUGGCUGUUAAGAAGCUGUCACGGCCAUUUCAGUCCAUUAUCCACGCCAAACGCACCUACCGGGAAUUACGGCUACUCAAGCACAUGAAACAUGAGAAUGUAAUCGGCCUUCUGGAUGUUUUUACACCUGCCACCAGCCUAGAUGAGUUUAAUGAUGUGUACCUGGUGACUCAUCUUAUGGGCGCUGACCUAAAUAAUAUUGUAAAGUGUCAAAAGCUGACCGACGAUCAUGUACAGUUCCUUAUUUAUCAGAUCCUGCGAGGACUUAAGUACAUCCAUUCGGCAGACAUCAUUCACAGGGACUUAAAACCCAGUAAUCUGGCAGUAAAUGAAGACUGUGAACUUAAGAUCCUUGACUUUGGUCUGGCUCGACACACAGACGAUGAGAUGACGGGGUAUGUGGCCACAAGGUGGUACCGUGCACCAGAAAUCAUGCUUAACUGGAUGCACUACAACAUGACAGUGGACAUUUGGUCAGUGGGCUGCAUUAUGGCUGAGCUGUUGACAGGCAGGACUCUGUUCCCUGGCACAGAUCACAUCGAUCAGUUGAAGCUCAUUAUGCUUCUAGUUGGAACUCCUGGACCUGAGCUUUUAAUGAAAAUAUCAUCCGAGUCUGCUCGUACUUACAUCAGUUCCCUUCCUCACAUGCCCAAGAGGAGUUUUGCUGAUGUCUUUAUUGGGGCUAAUCCACAAGCUGUGGACCUUCUGGAGAAGAUGCUAGUUUUGGACACAGAUAAGCGCAUCACAGCUGCUGGGUCUCUGGCACACCCAUACUUUGCCCAGUACCAUGACCCGGAUGACGAGCCUGAGGCUGAUCCAUUUGACCAGAGCUUUGAGAGUCGCGAGCUUGAUAUUGAAGAGUGGAAACGUUUGACUUAUGAGGAGUUAAUAAGUUUUGAACCGCCAAUCCUUGAUGGAGAUGAAAUGGAAUCUUGACCUUUUCUGCUGGAUGGCAAUCAAACCACCUUUACUACUUUUACAGUAAUGCUGUAAUUUGCAGUAUUCUUAUCAGCCAGUCAGUAUGACUUUCGUCCUUUCAUUUAUUUUGCCCUUUCACUUUUAUCUUUAGUUUUAAAUGUUGUCUGCCGAAUUUGCAAGGCCCAAAUAGAAGGAACAUGUGUAAUGAUAAAUCAUUAUAUUACAACGUAAAUCUUUUCAAAUUUGUAAGUGUGGUAGAAUUAGUGUACACCACUAGAUUAUCAAUUUUUUUUACUUGGGUCAGUUUUACAAUGUAUAACAUUUAUGCAAGUCCAAAUGCAAAUGUAAUAUUUCCCUGAACUUAAGUUUUCUUUAGUUGUGCUGUUAUGAUUUUUUUAGUAAACAAUGUAUCAUGUUUGCAAUAUAUUAAGUGGAUUUGUUAUCUAAUAAGCAUUAUUACAACAUACAGUUUGCCCCUCAUGAAUCAAUUUGAUAAAAAUUGGACUGGUAUGAAAAUUUUGUUUUGGGUAUUGGUGAUAUAUUCAUGUUAUUUGUAAAUACAAGUUUCAGUUUCAUGCAGGUGUUUUUCUGAACUUUUUCACAUCUUUGUGUAUGUCUGUUAAUGGUUAAAGAGUGUGUGUCUGUGUGUGUGAAAUAAGUUGCUACUGCUGUAUGGAAUCUACAAGUUUGAUUCUGACCUAAGUAGCAAUUUUUAAAAUGUUAUUAAUUGAAACCAGAGUAAGAUAUUUAUAUACUGUUAAGGAGGUGAUAUUUAUGAAUUUAAAAGGCUGCAUAUGUCUUUAGCACCCGUAUCAGACUUAGAAAACAUGGAAUUAAACACACCAUUGUUUACUGAAAAUAAAGGCCGGUAUUUUUCAGAAACCUAA